UGUGUAGGCUUUCAGAAUGACCUGCUAUAUUUGUGUUCAUUUGUUGCCUCUUUUGAGAACAGUUUUCUUUCAGUUUUUUUCUUAAUAAGGAUUUCGUUAUUGUUUUUUUAUCAUAGGUUUUGGCCAGAACUGAGACUUCGACAAGAAAUAAGAAAAAGAAGGAAUUUGUUCUAGAUGUUCAAAUACUCUCCCUAGAUGAAAAGUUGAGUGUUGUGACUUGGAGUUUUUGUGUUUUUCUUUUCCCCCCUUUUAAUAGGUACUUUUCCCCACUUGUAUAUAAUUUCUGGUAAUCUCCCCCCACCCCCUCGCCAAAAGAAAAAAAGUGAAGUCCCAUGGAUGAAGCUUUAAAUUCAUAGAAAAAUUCCAUUAUAAAUUCAUUUAAGAAUUAGUAAUAACUCCAUAUGAAGAGUUCAGCGGUUUUUAUUUUAUGUGUCAAUUUGCAAAUUGAAAAUCUGCACAAGGUAUUCUGUCAGAUCUACAGAGAGCGCUACAGAAAUUGAUUAAAUACAAAUUAUGAUCUGAGGUCAAAUCUUUGGGGUUAAAGUAGGAGGGUUUUCUUCAAACAGAUUGACACCUUCCCCCCUCCUCCCCAUCAGAAAUCUGUGUGACAGAACAACAGUUUUAAAAUAUUUCACUUUUGAGCCUGUCACUCCGUAAGGAACUUAAUCCAGCCUUCAAAAGACAGCCCGAGACAGGCUGGUGAUGAGUGCCCUGCUCUUGCCGGACUGGCCUUGGGGUGCCCUAGACCAUGGAGGAGGAUGCUGACUGCAUCAUAUGUGAUCGUGCUGCCGUGCCUGUCUGAUGUGAGAAUUCCCUCCUCCAAACAAAGCUCACACACCAACCUAGCCGUACUUCUGCGUCGUCUUCGUCGUCGUCCUCCCAGUUCUUGCCCCUGCCCCUCUCCUCACAGGGAGCUCCAUCUUCAGAGCUGUCUCCUAAGCAAGCUUGGUCCCCAGCUCACACUUUCCCUGCGGCUGGAGAGAAUUAAGGUGAGAAGCACAGGAGUCAAGAUCCUAAAGAAGUCCCAGAUUGAGGACAUUGCCUCCUCAUUAGUCUCACAGGAUGGAGCCCCGGCUGCACCUCUGGAGGAGCUGGCUUACAGACGGUCACUGCGAGUGGCCCUGGAUGUUCUGAACGAGGGAACCGGUUCUUAUCACGAAAGCCCUUCAGGGGGAGAAAAAGCAGCUCUGUGCCCAAGCUCGUGCCCUGUAGACCCAGCCAACUGGCUCAGAGGCUCUCACUCGGCAUCUCUCCACCGCAGAGACAUGUUGGGCAGCCCCCCAUAUGGCCGGAAAGGGCGAGCCCAGCACAGCUGGUCAAGCUCACCUGCUUGCGACAAGGAUCUUGAGUGCAUGGGGGGCAUUGGAGCCCUUCAUGUUGGAGCUAGGUCUCGGGAUGGAAACAGGUCUAAAACUCACCAGAAGCCGGGCAUGAUUCGCCUAAGUGAUGCCCAGAAGUCCAGCUUGGGCCAGAACACACUGCCUUUCCACGCAGGGGCUGAGAGAGAGGAAGGGAGCGAGAUGGGGGCAGACAGCCCCCCAACCCUGGCGAUGCCACUGUCCCAGGGAGCUGGCACUCAAGUCAGGACCCAUGAAAGUGACCUGCUGUCACCAGGGGUGCCCCUCCCUGUGCUCCGGGACAGCCUGCUUACCAGCGAGCUCCCCAAGAAGAGGCUGCGCUGGGAUGGCAGCCAGAAGUCACCUGGUGAAGCUGGGGCUGGGCCCGAGGGGUGCGUGGCCCUACACGGUGCUGCCAGGCUGGCUCCUGCGCUCCUCCCGGAGCCUGGGAAGGCCGAGGAAGGCUGUCGGUCUCCUGAGUUGAGUCCCCUGAACUCUGUCCUGGAUGAAGAUGAGGAUGAAGAGGAGCCCCCUAAGAUCCUUCUGUACCAUGAGCCACGUACGUUUGAAGUGGGAAUGCUGGUCUGGCUCAAAUAUCAGAAGUACCCCUUUUGGCCAGCAGUGGUCAAAAGCCUCCGGCGACGAGAUAAGAAAGCCAGUGUCCUCUUCAUCGAAGGAAACAUGAACCCAAAGGGGAGAGGCAUCGCGGUGUCUCUGCGGCGGCUGAAGCACUUUGACUGCGAGGAGAAACAGAGCCUGCUGCACAAAGCCAAGCAGGACUUCGAGCAGGCUGUCAGCUGGUGCGUGGCUCUCAUCACAGACUACAGAGUGCGGCUAGGCUGCGGCUCCUUCACCGGCUCGUUCCUGGAGUACUAUGCCGCCGACAUCAGCUGCCCCGUGAGGAAGUCCAUCCAGCAGGACAUUCUAGGGGCUGCGUUCCCCCAGCUGAGCCGGGGGGACCCUGAGGAGCCAGAGGUUGGCAGCCCCUUGGGCCAGAGUACGCCCAGCCGGAAGGUGCUUCCCGACCGCACCCGGGCGGCGCGGGACCGGGCCAACCAGAAACUAGUGGAGUUCAUUGUGAAGGCCAAGGGUGCUGAGAGCCACCUGCGCGCCAUCCUGCGGAGCCGUAAGCCCUCGCGCUGGCUGCAGGCCUCCCUGUGCUCCAGCCAGUACGUGACGUGCGUGGAGACCUACCUGGAGGACGAGGAGCAGCUGGACCUGGUGGUGAAGUACCUGCAGCGCGUCUGCCAGGAGACGGGCAGCACUGCACUGACCCGCGCCCACGGGGACUGCGUCCGCCUCAUCCUCGAUGUGCUGCUGCCUGAGGCCAUCAUCUGUGCCAUCUCUGCCGUGGAGGAGGUGGACUACAAGACAGCUGAGCAGAAGUAUAUUAAAGGACCGUGCCUCAGCUACAGGGAGAAGGAGAUCUUCGACAAUCAGCUCCGGGAAGGGCGGCGGCGGCAGCAGCAGCAGCAGCAGCGGUGACACUGCUGCCAUCCAGGAGUGCUGACCUGGCGCUCCUCAACAGGACCCCCUCUGGACAGUGGCACUUGGGAGACACCGGCUGUGCCCCCUCCUUCUGCCCUAUGUGCUGUGUCCCACUACAGUGCCCCAUUUCCCUGUGGUCUGUGUGCCACCCCGUUAAAGCCCAUUGUGCGGCUGCCUGGUGCGCACCACCAAAGAGCCUGGUUUUUUUCCGUUGUGCCCUGUAGGCGGUGGCCCCACACUGCUGGGUGCCUUUGAGGGAGAAGAGACUGUCUCUUCAGAAGUGGAACCAAAGGGAGAACAAGCUGCAAAGAGUCGGCUGGUGGCCAUUCUGGGCUCUCCCGGAGAACAGCCCCCAAGCUGGCCAUUCCCAGCUGGACUAGGUGCUCGGUCUGAGCUGUGCCGGCGUCUGCGGGUAUCCCACUGUGCUAGGAAGUGGCCGUGUCUUUGUGCUGGGCAGCCCGGCAAUCGGCCUUGACCAUCAGGCCAACUGCCGUAGGGAGAGCAAGCACAUAGUCUCGAGCCUCUGUUGGCGUUGAUGGUGUGGAGGCACCAGUCAGUGUUCCCCGACCCCAGGCUGACCUGUGCCUUUCCCCAAGGCCACACCCACUUUACUCCAGCCGUCUGGAUGGGGGAGGCCACAGGCCCCCACUCAAGCUCGUUCCCAGUGAGCCCAGGAAGAAGCCCCAAAGUUAGUCCAGGUGACCUGAGUCUGGCAGUCUGGCCUGUGCACAGUUUAGCUGCACCUGGCUCAGUGCUGGGGCCGCCUCAGGCUCAACGAGACCCCAUGCCCUGCUGCAUGGGGAACUCGGGACCCCCCCAACCCAUACCCCCCCACCCUCUGGGUGCCGGGCUCUGCUGGUGGAUCCCCCUGCGGUUGCUCCAGGUGGGACGGUACCUGCUGCUUUGGGGGAAGUGGUGUCGUGAGGGCUGACCCUGUUACUGUGACCUGUUUUUAUACCUGUUUCUCUGCUUCUCUGUCCAUGUUCUUGCCAUUUGGCUGCUGGGUUUAAUUCUUUUUUUUUUUUUUUUUUGAGUUUAAUUCUUGCAACUGGAAUUAAAAACAUUUUGAGAGUC